AAAAUUCCCAUUCCGUUUUCGCUUUCACUAGUGCACCAGGCUGGUCUACGCUGCCGUGUAUAUACAAAGGCUGUUCCACAGAGAGGGGAGCUCCUUAAAAAAUUACAAGGUGAGCGAGAACACCGGCCACACUUUAAACAAUCAGUUUAAACAAUAUUUGAGUCACACACGAUGUUGGACAAAACUCGCGUAUCAGACCAGUGCAGGAAAAAAUAAGAAUAAAUGACCAACAUGGUCCUGACCGGUACCCAAGUGGUUCGGAUAGUUUUCGCUAUUUGUUUCGUGCUGCUGGUGACGUCCGACUAUUCAGCCCUUAUCAACAAGCUCAUUGGUGGAAACAAGACUGAGGAGACCAAGCACGGGCCACCCAGGCCGACCAACCCAGGAUAUGGCGAUUCCAAGGCUGAUAUUGACAUAGAUGCGGACAUCGAAGAAGAAACAGUGAAACAUCUGGCAACGCAAUCAACCAGGUCUCAAAUAUUGCAGACGAUUAAAAACGCUUGUUUGCCCAAGCUAAUUUGUGAAUUGACUGCUACACCUCAAAAAGAUAAAUUGAGUGAAACAGAAAAGUCACUAUUAAGCCUCUUGAGGGAGACAACCAUAAGCACUACGGCCGAAUUGACCUCGAAAUACCACUUUGCCGCUCACAUGGGCCAGCUAAUCGCAGGAGUGGACGGAAAUGGUUGCCAUAACUUUUAUCCAACAUGUCCUUUCCCCGGAUUGCAGGUUCUUCAGAUGAUGAAAAAAGUCAGAAUGCGCUGAACUAAGAUCGGGCAGUUUUUGGACCGCAGUCUCGCUGUUUUUGUGGGCCUGGCUACUUAUACAGCGCGAAUCUCCGACUAAGAAACAAAUCUAGCAUCAGACAAACACUUAAACUAACGAGAAAAAUACAAUUAACAAGAACAUAAUUUUUAUCAAUAAAAAAUGAGAAAAAAAUCGAUUAUUUUAUAAAAGGAGGCCAGAUGAUAUUUUUUUUUCGGUUGAACGAAUCUUAUUGUGAUAUUAGGUUCUUUUUUUGUUAUUAAAGAACAUUAAGUUAAGUUAAAUUUGUAAGAGAUGUAAAUAUAUAUAU